UAAGCCAGCCUGAUUCGAUACUGUCAACUGUUCUGCAACAACAACAAGAGGGCGAUUUGGAGAGCGUUUGUUAUUGGUAAAAACACCAAAUAAGGUUAGGUUCAAGCUUUGAAGCUAAAUUUCAAGAUUUGCAUUUAUUUCAGCUUCUGAGAUCAAUUCGUGGUGCCAGACAAGUGUACAUGGACACAACAAAAGCACAUCUCAGUUUGGAUACCCAUUCUCAUCUCUUUAAAGUGUUCUGUCAGACAGGACACAUCCUGGUCGUUGUUUGUGAGCACAGGGUUGCAUGGACCGAGGGUUGUGUGUGGACCCCCUAGACCCACAAGGCCUCUGGGCUCGGAUUCAGGCUUCGUUCUAGCCUGCAUGUACGAGUUCCCUCACCACCUGGACAACUGAAGGCCCAGGCAGGGGCCACUGUGGUUGUGUGGUAUCCAGAACAGGGCUAUUGCAUAGCCUCCAACUGUAAGUUAUAAGAGUGGUGUGGAGGAGAGGAAAAGAUGGAUUCUGAAGAGGACCAAGGACGCACUCUGGUGCAGGUCAUCAGUGAGAAGUACAGCCCAGACAACUUCCCAUACUGCCGUGGGCCCGGCGCUGGGGUGGUGAUCCGUACUAGCCCUCAGGGGUCGCCUGUCAAAGAUCGCCUGAAUCUUCCCAGUGUGCUGGUUUUGGACAGCUGUGGAAUUAGCCAUGCUGGGGACGAGGAGGAGGUGGCGACGUUCUGCGCCCAUGUGGUGGAGCUAGACCUCUCCCACAACCAGUUCAGAGACUGGGGAGAGAUCAGUAAGAUCCUUUGUAACAUCCCUCACCUGGACUUUCUGAAUCUGAGUAUGAACCCUCUGAAGGAGGCGUGUCUGGAGCCUGGGGCAGCUGAAGCCUUCUCAGGCCUCCGCCGCCUCGUCCUCAACAACACACACGUCUCCUGGGACAUGGUGCAUACACUCACACAGGAGAUCCCUGAGCUGGAGGAGCUCUUCCUGUGCCUGAACGAAUAUGAGCGCGUGGGUCUGGCACCCGUGCCCUACCCGUCUCUGCGCCUGCUGCACAUCACCGACAACCAGCUGUGCGACUGGGCCGAAGUGCGCAAGCUGGGCCUCAUGUACCCGGGUCUGGUCUCGCUCAUCCUGGCCAACAACUCACUCGCUGGCAUCCGUGAGCCUGAUGAAUCGCUGUGCCGCCUCUUCCCCAACCUGCACAGCGUCAACCUGCAUAACUCAGGCCUGACUAGCUGGGAGGACAUUGAGAAGCUGAAUUCCUUUCCAAAGCUUCAUGAGGUUCGGCUCAUGGGUAUUCCCUUGUUGCAGCCAUACACUGACCAGGAGAGACGCUACCUUAUGAUAGCACAUUUGCCAGCUGUGACCAUUCUGAAUGGGAGUGUGGUGACAGACGGUGAGAGAGAGGAUGCAGAGCGCUUCUAUAUCCGCUACCACCUAGACUGCCCUGAGGAUGAGCUGCCACAGAGCAGGUUCCACUCCCUGGUAGCGCGUUACGGGCGUCUUGAGCCACUGGCCGAGGUGGACCUGCGGCCGCUGAGCUGUGCCCAGGUAGAGCUGCGCUACGGGGACCACACCAAAGAUCUGGAGGUGCGGCUGGAGCAGACUGUGGCUGACCUCAAGAAACAGCUCCGGCCUGUGGUACAGCUGCCGGCCAACAAGAUGCGCGUCUACUAUAUUGACCGGCAGCUGGGUUAUGCGCUCGCACCCCAGGAGCUGAAGUAUGGGGGCCGGGCCCUCCACUCAUACAGCAUACGUGACGGAGAUGAGAUCCUGGUAGAGCCUAAGACCCAGUGAUGCAAGGGAUAGAAAAACACAGAAACUGCUCAGGAAAAAGAUCUGCUCUUCAAGGAAGAAGCAAAAGGAAUAAGAUCUAUUAAUGAAGCUACUGUGACUUCAGAGAUCUAAUGCAACAUAUAAUUUGAUAGAUCAGUUUGUCUGUGAUGGGUAUUGGGAAGAAACACAGGGCUGCUCUGAAAGACAACUGUCUUCCAUCUUGACUUUUGGAGUUCUAAUCAUGUCCAUGACAAAUAGUAGUCACCCAUUGUAGAUUGGGAUGCUGUUUCUUUUUAACUCUAACCAACAGGAUCUCUUCAAAGAGAAUUGAUGCUUAAACACUGCAGUUUUUUUAAAGACAUUUUAACUUACUUGAUUGACGAGUAAAGCAUACAUCUGAAUAUGUGAGGCUGCUUCUCAGGAAUAACAAAUAAUCCCACAAAUUUCUCAGCUCCACAGAGUAUUGUUUUUAAUUACUUAUAGUGUAGCUUCAAGGUACAAUUUUGCUUAACAGUCUCGCACAUACGCACAUGCUCUGAGCAUGCUUAAAUUCCACAUGACUGCGAGUUGUUGGUUUUAAACACCAGGGAUUUCUUUAAUUCAGUAAUACGCUCUUGUUACAGCUCAAGAGAACCUGAGAGACCUUUAAUGCUGGAUUAGGAAAUCAUCAUGGCUAGCCAGUAAAGAGAUAUUGACUUUAUUAAACUGGCCUCAUGCCAAGAGCUUCCCUUCUCUCCAGUCACGUAGACCACAGGGCUAAGGUAGUAGGAAAAGGGAGAUUGCUGUAUCUUUUUCCGCAGUCCAUCCUCUAAGGAGUCAGCAGUGAUAUAGACACUGGAGAGUGCCGGGGGGGAUGGGGGGGGGGGGUAGCGUCAGGAUAGCCAACAACAACAACAUCUCCCCAGCCACACAGCGUGGGUGGCUUCCCCUCUACUUGGAUUAUAACAGGUUCAACCACCAUCCAGAGAUUCCUACAGGCUCAUAUGUCUCUUCGUGUGCAAUUCACAUCCUUAUGCCAAAUGUCCCUUAUUAUUAAGACCACCAACCGGUCACAGUUAGGUGGAGCUCUGUGUCCCUUAAAGGGGGAUUCAGUCAUCCGAUACUCAGUUGCCCAUACGUACUCUUCCCACUCUUCCAUUUGCACAAUGUCACCUCUGAGAUUGCUCUGGCAAAUGUUGGCCCUCUAGAUUCAUUUUUUCCUCCCCUGUUGGUCCAUGUGACAAUGAGCCCUGACUCACUAACUCUUACUGAUAUGCCUAGUCAGUGCUUGUCAGAGAUGGCUGACAUUAAAAAAAGGGGCCAGUAUGUAAUCCCUUAGCACCAUAAUAUUUCCUGGUGGUUUUUUUUUGUUUUUUUUUUGAUAGAUGUAGUUUCUGAUUUCUCUAGUGCUAUGACCAGAAUAUAUAUACCUUAUUUUGGUUGAGGUUGUGGUGAAUGAUGUGUGUAUGGGUGAAUGUGUGUUGAAUUGUAUAUUAAAAAGAGUUUGUUCCAAAUUAUUAUUAUUAAGCACUUUUAAUCAAUUUGUUGUGGUUUUAAAAACAGUAAAAUAGAAUGCAAAAAAGAUUGCUUAAUAAUAUGAAUUAUAAGUCAUGUAAAAAAGAUCUUGCCUAACAAAAAGAUUUUAAGAAUUUUCAGUCAUUCUUUUUGAGUGUCUUGUUUACCCACAAAAAGAGACAUCAAUUAUAUCCUUUUAUAUUAUCUUCCAAGUGAUCUGUCUUCAAGAAGGCAAGAUGCAGAUGCAUUUCAGAUUAGUAAUUUGCCAUCAUAAUGUAAUACUUGCCAUUAUUCUAAAAUAAAUGUUUUUACCUAAGAGCAUUUUACUUGUUUUUUCCAACUAAUGGUAACUUUUACUAUGUUUGAGCCUGUAGGUUAUGUGACCCGAAUUUCAAAACCAAUUACAAUAAUAGAAAAUUACUCUUUCCAAUGUCACAUAGCACAGCCUCACUAAUACUGACAUUUCUGUGUGUCAGAUAUUUGUAGAGUCUGUUUUUAACAUGACCAUUGCAUGACCAGUCUAUACGUUUUAGGUGCUUGAUUACUAGGCCUUGACCCUCCUCUCCUUUACCAUUUCCCAGCAAAGUGACUGUGUUCCUGGACUAGGUGGUCUGGAUGUAGCAUCCCUCUCCUGUUACAGGCAACCCUAUGCAAUUCUACACUAGACAAGAAUGCUAACGGAGAGCUCAAGACCAAUUAAGGGUCAAGGGUAGAUAAAGAGGUUGUAUAUGUUACUCCUAUUGAUAAGAUAACUUAUGUAGACAUUGUUAUCCAAUUUGUCUCAAUAACUGGUAAUUGUUGUGUCAAUGUCCCAUAUGCUACCUGUAUACAAUGCGAUAUAAAUUUACCAUUGUUCAAUAUUAACAAAUGGAUCAACAAAUCACUAUUUCAUCUCACGGUCGUCUCAUCCAUGAAUCAUUCAUGCCCUAUUCUUUGACUGUCAUACUGAGUCACUUUUGUUACUUUUUUCUGCCUCAUGUUAAAGUGAGAAUCUUGCUGGUGAUUCUUUUUAGAGUGUCACCAUAGCUGCACAUAUCCUCUCUGCCUAUUUGAUUGGUGUCAUCUACUUGCUUUCCAGGGCUUUCCAUCUCUCAGUUGCCUUGAAUUUGUCUCUGGAUUACUUUUAUAGUGGUCUGGUGUUCAUAUGUUGCUCCUGAUAAGCCUGAUAAGUUGAUGCGAAGCCUUUUCAGAAUAGCUCCCAAGGGGACUUUCUCCUAUGCUCUAAAACCAAAGUGUUGAUUAGUUAGUCAGAAAGGAGCAAGCACUAGUGUGCACUCUUCCAUUUGUGGAUCUCUCUAGGCCGUUUCAGUGUAUAGAAUCCAGGGCAACCACAUAAGAAGGCAACUGCAAAUUCUUGGAAUAUCUUGAUAUUUAUAUUGCAUUUGUGUUGUUGUUGUUGUUGUUGUUGUUGUUGUUGCUGUUGUUUCAUUUUCUUUUGGGUUUUUUCUGUCAUGUGUGAUGCCAGCAGUUAAAUGAAUGCUGUUGUAUAUUCUAUUGAUUUUCCAUAGAAGAGAGAGAGAUUAAAUAAAAUAAAUUUGAUGUCCUUAUUAUUCUGAA